AUGCCCAACCUCACGCCCAGCCAGAUGGUAGAAUUACAGCAGGAGUAUUCCUGGCUGACUGAGCUGCCGUUGGAUGAGAUGGAGAAAAUGUUUGAGACCUACGGGAAUGCAGAUGGAGGCUUGGACAGGAAGAUGUUCAUCAAGGGUGCCAAGAAGGUCCUGGGCUAUGUGACCGAGGACAGGCUGCAGGUGCUCUUUCUCAAGGUGGACACAGACUGCGAUGGCACCAUCACCUGGGAGGAGUACGUGGACUACGUGAUGCGGGAGUUCCAGGGGAAGGAGAUGAAGAGGAGGAGCCAAUACCGCCUGCGCUUCCAGCUGCCCAUGAAGAUCAUCCCCCAAAGCCACAGGUGUGAGAUCGUGAAGGUGCAGUACUUCGUUCCCCGCCUCAAGAAAUUCGGCUGCUUCGUCACCAUCACUAAGGACGGCUGCCUGGAGACCUGGUCUGAGAGCUUUACAAUGAUCAGCUCCUUCAGGCUGAACCAGCUCCAGCAGUCCCCCCACCAGCAGAUGUGGGUUGUCGACAUGGUGUGUCUACACAACAUGAACCUCAUCGCAGUGGCGUCCACUGAGCAGAAGAUUGAGUUCUACGAUAUUAGUGACUUCAACUGCGUCCGGGCCUUCACCUUCAUCGACCUGGACAGCUGCGUGAUGGUCAUGGACUACUGGUCUGACUACCACAGAGGCGUCUUCUGCUACGGCGACAGCAAAGGCAGCGUCACCGUCUUCACCUCGGACAACGUGAAAAACGGGCUGUUCAAUCCAUGCAUCCUCCCCAAGACCUCUAAAUGGGAUCGCACUCACUGGACCACCGUUUCUGCGCAGAAGCUCCUGAACGAGAAGUCCAGUCUGUAUAGAACUUUCCGACUGAAGGCUCUCCACGACACCUGGUGCCAGCAGGUCAAGUUCAUCCCUGAGAUGAACCUGGUGGCCUCCUGUGCGGCUAUUGAGAAGGCCUCACUGGUGCUGACCAUGCUGCCGGACAAAGACUCGGAGAACCCCAGGUUUUCCGUGCUGGGACUGAGGAAGGGGAUUCUUUGCUUUGAUUACUGCGUGGACAAGAACUUCCUCGUGACCGGUGGUUAUGACCCCCUCAUUCGCCUGUGGAACCCCUUCUUAUCCAAGAAGCCCGUGUGGCUGAUGAAGGGCCACCGGGCCUCGGUGACACACAUCCUCAUCAACAGCAAGGACAGUAGUAUCCUCGUCAGCAUCUCCAAGGACAAGAACAUCCGCGUGUGGGACAUGCUCGACUACAUCUGCCUCCAGUCCUUCUGCGGCCGGCUGCUGGCCCUGGGCAACUGCCCCAUCACCAGCGCCUACUACCACAAGGAGGACAACAUGCUGGUCUGCUGCACCUUCACUAUUGGGAUCCUGCAGGGGAGCCUGGAAUCACAGCAGGCCGACAUGGAGGUGGAGAAGACCAGCACCCACAACAUGCCGCUCUGCGGAGCCCUGUACAGCACACCCAUGCAGCAGGUGGUGAGCGGCUGCGUGAGUGGCAUGGUGAUGGUGUGGGAGCUGAUGACGGGCAGGAAGAUGGCCAUGUUCUCAGUGUCAGGGGACGAGCAUGAGGAGCUGACGGCCAUGGCCCUGGACGAGCCGGAGCGCUGCCUGCUCACGGGCCUGCGGGACGGCAGCGUGAAGCUGUGGAACUACAACAACGGCGAGUGUCUGGUCACCUUGCCCAAUCCCGACCACAUGGAGAUCAGUGGAAUCAUCCACUUGAACAAAGUGUUCUACGUGUCAGGCUGGAGCAAGAGAAUCAACAGUUUCAUGUUCCACAGGACCAAGCCACUGCUCCUGUGCUACCCCUGGCCGACCUUCCACACGGACGACAUCCUGAGCAUGGACAAGUACCAGAACCAGUUUCUCGGGACGGCGUCCUACAACGGGGACAUCAUCUUAUGGAACAUCUUCCUGCUCAAGCCCCUCUUGGGGUUCAACGCCUCACAGAGCUACAUGGCUCUGCAGCCCCAGAAGGUCUACACCCCAGAAGCCGAGGAGAAGGCGCCAGAGUCGCAGGAGGCCAGCAGGCCACACACAGCGAAAAAGUGGGCAGAGCGUUCUGCGGACCACCCAGCCCCCAGCCGCAGGGCCGGCCCCAACCUGUGGCGGAACCUGGCGUCAGCGCCUCCAGUGAUGAGACAACCCAACCAGAAGGAGAUGGAGAACCCCGUCAGCACCAGCAGCUCCAGGGUGACGGGAAAGACCCCGGACGACAGGCCUGCUGCCGAGGGGACAGAGAGCCUGCAGAAGGAGGCGCUACAGAGUAGGGCCGCUGUGAAGAUCAUCUUCCUGCAGACCAGGCCCCGGCAGCCGCACACGGCCGCCCUGCUAAGCAGUUGCACGGAUGGCUACCUGUAUGCAUGGUCCACUCAUGGCAGUGGCGGCCUGCUGGGCAAGUUCCCCUCGGGCCUCACGGAAACCGAGAACGUGGUCGUGGGCACCAUGACCACGGACAAGAAUGACUUGAUCCUUCUCACAGGGGACUCCAAAGGGCAGAUCAAGAUCUGGGACAUCAAGGAUUACUGCAUGCCCACUAGCAGGCAUCCACAAGGGCGCCGGCCCGGGUGGCAGUCUCUGCCUGUGAGGAACAAGUUCCAGUACUUGAUCUCUAAGCGGAUCCGGACUGCCGGCCCCUACUUUGUCCCCCUGAAGCCGACUGAGGUGGUGUCUGGUCAGACUGUUUCCCUGGUUCCUCCCAAACUCCUGAUUUCCUGGAAGGGCCACGAGGAGAGUGUGGUGGACAUCCGGUAUGUGAACAGCUUCCAAUUGCUCAUCACUGCUGGUCUGGACCGGGACGUCAAGGUUUGGAAAGUCUCCGGUGAGGCCAUUGGCACAUUUGGCCUGACCAUCUGGAAGAAGCUGCAGACGGUGGACAUCGAGCUGAACAAAGGCUAUAACGACACAUCCAUGUUCAUGGACAGCAACCUGCAGACUCUGUAUGAGGAGCAGCCGGGUGACGUGGAUCUGGCCAGCGCCCUGGAGUACCAGCGGCAGGAGCAGAUCGCCCUCCUGGCCCUGCUGCACAUGAAGGGGGACAUGGAGACGGAGGCCUGGGCCGCCCUGCGGAAACUGACCCUGCAGUGCCCCUGGGGCGGGGAGCGCCCCCUGGAGGACAUCGAGAGCAGCUGGCGCGCGUGGGAGAGCCGGGCCCAGACGGUGAACAAAGUCGCGGGGGGCACCUACUGGCCCAGGGAGCGGGCGCGGAGCCCCAGCGUGCACUUCAGGGACGUGCAGUACGGCUGCAUGCGGCUCCAGAUCUCCCCCCGGAUCUUCCAGAGCCUGCACUUCAACGAGCUGGCCGCUGUCCAGCAGCCCGAGCUCCUGCAGGAGGCCCUGGAGCAACCGGGCAGCAGCGGGUACACGGUGGCCCACAAGCUCUGGCAGAAACUGUGCUCCGAAGGGGACACCAGGGCCAGCACAGCCUCUGUGCUCUCCUCGCUCUUCUCCACGGCCUCGGGCUCUGCGCAGCCCACCGGGUUUCGAAAGACCUCCUCUAGAUCCUUGAUAAGGAAGGGCACCCCUGUGCAGCUCUGA